AUGUCGAACACCGACUUCCUCGGCCGCGCAAUAGACGUGGUGAAGAAGGCCAUCGAAGCGGACACCGCCGCCGAGUACGAAAAAGCAUACCAGCUAUACUACCAAUCACUUGAGCUGUUUAUGCUGGCAUUGAAAUGGGAGAAGAAUGCCAAAUCCAAGGAGAUGAUAAGAGCGAAGGCGGGCGAGUACAUGGAGCGAGCCGAGAAGCUGAAGCAGCAUCUGGCGGACGCUGAUGGUAAGCAUAAGAAGCCGGGGAUGGUGGGUGCGAAUGGGAGUACGACGGGAGGAGGAGGGAAAGGGAAGGAGGGCGAUGACGAUGUAGAUCCUGAGAGCAAGAAGCUGAGGAAUGCGUUGGCGGGGGCGAUUUUACAAGAUAAGCCGAAUAUCAGGUGGGAAGAUGUUGCAGGUCUUGAAGGUGCGAAGGAGGCGCUGAAGGAGGCUGUUAUUCUACCAAUAAAAUUCCCACAUUUGUUCACGGGCAAGAGACAACCUUGGAAGGGCAUCUUGUUGUAUGGACCACCUGGGACGGGAAAAAGUUACUUGGCGAAGGCGGUCGCUACGGAGGCAAAUAGCACGUUCUUCAGUGUGAGCAGUUCGGACUUGGUCAGCAAGUGGAUGGGGGAGAGUGAAAGAUUAGUAAAGCAACUAUUCGCAAUGGCACGAGAAAACAAGCCAUCUAUCAUCUUCAUCGACGAAGUCGAUGCUCUUUGCGGUCCUCGAGGAGAAGGGGAAUCGGAAGCCUCAAGACGUAUAAAAACAGAAAUGCUCGUACAAAUGGACGGUGUAGGCCGUGACAGCAAAGGCGUUCUCGUUCUCGGCGCUACCAAUAUUCCCUGGCAACUCGAUGCAGCCAUUCGACGUCGUUUCCAAAGACGAGUACACAUCUCUCUCCCUGAUCUGCCUGCCCGGACGAAGAUGUUCGAGAUCAGUGUUGGCACGACACCGUGUGAACUUACAGGUGCUGAUUACAGGAAACUGGGUGAACUAAGUGAAGGAUACUCUGGAUCUGAUAUCAGUAUUGCGGUGCAAGACGCACUCAUGCAGCCAGUACGGAAAAUUCAGACAGCUACACAUUACAAGAAGGUUGUGGAUGACGGGAUUGAGAAGUUAACACCUUGCUCGCCGGGCGACGCUGGAGCCAUGGAGAUGACAUGGACAGAUGUCGAUUCUGACAAACUGCUGGAGCCUCCUUUGCAACUCAAGGAUUUCAUCAAGGCAGUCAAAGGUGCCCGACCAACCGUCUCAGGAGAGGAUAUCAAGCGCAGUGAAGACUGGACCAAUGAGUUCGGUAGUGAAGGUGCUUGA